ACGAUUUGUUGGUUAUAUUUUUUAUAAGCAUUGAACAUUCGCCAUUUGAGUGUUUUCUAUCUUGGACACGGUUUACGAGAGUUAAAAACGAACCUCGACGGCAAUAUGGAUCACGAGGAAUCACUUGCCAACAUUAAUUUUGACAAUCUCGUCCUUUCGGAACAAACGCAGGCGAUGAAAGAGAAGACUGCGACGGCUUCGCCUCCAGUGGCCGACAAACAAAGAAGCGAUUCAGGAAAGAAGUCCACUGACAAAGUAGUUAUCGGAGCCGAAUCAGCGUUAGAGAGGUGUGAGCAAACUGCCAGUACGCAUGGGGCAACAGACAUGUUAAACGACUAUACUUACCAACAAUUCUUAGAGGAAACUCGGGGACGGAAGAAUGAAAAUAGAUUCCAGAAGGUGUCAAAGAGCGCUGGGACAAAUUGACCACUCUACUACUACAAUUAUCUGCAGCAUGAUAUCAUGUAACAUUUCAUUGUAAUGUAUUACCUAUGUUAAAUGUUUAUUAUAUAGUAUAUGAUAAUGUUUUAUUAACAAAUAUUUGAUACUAACUAAUAAAAUGUGUUUAACUCA